AUGAGGUUGGAAGACAUUGUAGGCGCAGGAGCAUGUGAGGCCUGUCGCGGUCGCAUCACAAAGUGCUCUGUUGAACGUCCGCAAUGCUCACAAUGUCACAGGCGUCAGACGCCAUGCAACUACCUGAUCCUGCCUCCGGCCCGGCCCGACAUGUCCAAACGCAGCCAGCAGCCUAGCUCACCAGAGCGCGUGGCAGAUUAUGGGCUCGAGCAAGUCUUUGCUCUCCUCCGCUCCCAGCCAUUUCAUGUUGCCCAACAAAUUCUCAUCCACAUCCGUCGUGGUACUGACAUUCACUCGAUUCUGCGCUACGUCGAGUAUGGCAGUCUUCGUCUACAGCUGAUGCUUGUCCCGGAUACAACAUUCCAAUUCACGUCGCCCUAUCUCGCCGACAUGAUGCCACUCUUUCAAGGCACCGAUAACCCAUAUCUCAGCUCGAGACUGUAUCAGGCUUUGUCAGCCGAGGCAUCCCAACAAGGUACCGAGGCUGUAGAGCAUGCCAUCUACCGCGUGCCUUAUCCCGGUGCUCGCAUCUAUGAUCCACGAAUAUCGCCCGAACUACUCAAGCCAUCCAAGUGGACUUCAGUGAGCUCGGAUCAUGUCUUUCUUACUCGGCUCCUUGAGGCAUACUUGUUAUAUGAGUAUCCGCUCUGGCCAUGCUUCCACAAGGAUCAUUUCCUCGGUGAUAUGACUUCUGGAAGAACUGAUUAUUGCUCGCCACUCCUUGUGAAUGCCAUUCUAACAGCUGCAUGCCAUGGGAUGGGUACCUUGCAAGACCGCGCCGAGUUCUGGAACCCCAAGACGCACAGCUAUCUCUGUAUGGCCGAGACGCGGCGACUCUGGAAGCAGGAGCAAGAGCAAGGUGUCUUAAGCCUCCCUUCCGUUCAGGCCGCCACUAUCCUAGGCAGAGUAUACUUCGCCAACGGAAUGGAUAGUAUGGGCUGGAGCACGUGGACUGAUGCGGUGGCUAUUGCGAACAAACUAGAUCUGUACGAUAUAAAACCACACUUUAGCGAGAAGGAACGUGUGUCGAGAACCAUCACAGCUUGGGGAAUAUUCUCGCAGCAGUCAUUCUCUUGCUUCUACCUCAUGAAGCCUCCGCUUUCUCGAUUUCCACCCCAGGAUGGGCUGCCGAACUACGAACAUGCGCAAGACUUUUUUGGAGAGAUAUGGGUCAAAUACCCCCUCGUAGAACACUUGAUUCCCAUUCAUCUUGGGCAGACCUUCUUAGCCUUGAUCAGGCUCAGGUGCAUCAUGAAUGACGUAGCGAGCAAAGCACUUCCAGAAGAGGACGGACAAGACGAAAUUGACUUACAGCAAGCAUCCCGCUACAACAGUAUGCUCAUGCAAUGGUUCCGUGAACUUCCCGAACCUUUACAGCCACGGAAUAUUGCAAUGCCUUCCCAUCUUCUUCUACAUAUGCAAUUCCAUAACUUGAUCACUAUGACCUUCCAGCCUUUCUUGAAGCACGAGAAAUCUUUUAACGUAUUCAAAAAAAUCGAUGCUUUCCAAAAUCAGGCCGGGUUCAGUCCGACGAAGCUGUUUAAUACAUCAAAGGCAAGUCUGCAAACACUACUUCACAUGUUCUACCAUCGACAUGGCUUCGACGCCUACUAUAUAUUCUUGCUUCAAGUCCUCGUCCAGCUCGGUUUCGACGCAGUGGAGCGUUUGCGCACCCCGGAAGCACAGCAAGAGCACUUCCCAGCCGUCAUGAAGGCCACAAGAGCCACGCUCAUCUUGUGCGCCAAGGGCUUGCGCGAUCAGGGCCGUAACUUCUACCUGUCCGAGCUCAUAUUCCGCAUACUCCGCGACGAAAUGAAUCCAGUCGAUGUCAAGCUACUCAGGGAUUGGGCACGCGUCAAGAAUGAAGAAGAGAGAGAAGAGCUGAUGAUGGAGCACAUCCAAAGCGACUACCCCGUGAACGUAGAGGCCAUUACUUGUGACCCUACAGAGCGACGUCUGAACCGUCUUUUAAAGUCCAUGGGCGAAUUAAAGCUACCAGGUGAUGGUGGUCCUUCAUCAAUCAUCACAGCUGGAGGGGGGGACGAAUGUAUGGAAUACCGCGAGGUAUAA